UUACAGGGAGGAUCUGUCGUUCAUUCUCGCUCGAGUUUUUGCCCAGCCAAAGUUUACACUGGGCCAAAAAAACAAAAACCUUGUUUUUUCCUUAAAGUGCUUUUGGGUCUUUUUUUCCCCAAGUGUCGCUGUGUUGGUGUUGGCUUGGAAGAGAUAAACGGUCGCGUAUACCUGCCUCGCAAGUGAGAUUUUGGUGGAAAUAAGCCAAGGGCUUAAUCCUCGGGAAUUUUCGAGAAUCUCGGGUGUAAUACGUAGUGCCUCGUAGCACCAGGAGCCCUCCCUUGACGAUUUUCCCGUGGAAAUUACUCAAGCAAACGAUCAAUGCAAAUGGCUACCCUCACAGAGUUCGAGGAAAGCGUGUCCUUUGAUCUCGAUGACCCCGAUUUUCCACCCCAAGUGGCGUUGAAGACAGCUCACGGUGUCUUUCAUGGAAUGAAAUUUGCCGCGGAGAUCGCCCUAAACGUCAACAAAUGCGCACGCGGAAACAACAUGUCGGCCACGACCUUUCAAACGACCACUGAAAAUCUCUCUCGUCACGGGAGCAACAUCUCCCUCUCCUGCCACAGUACCUGCGGCAGCAUCGAGGAAUCGUUAGGCUCGCAUCCUCAGUACCAGGACACAAUCAUGACGAUCGAGGAACUGCGCGCCCAGCUCAACUCUUGCUUCUCAUGCGGAGUCUCGUGGAGCGAGGAGCACGUGUCGUUGGACUGCAGCGAGUGCGGUGGUUACUCCCUUCAGCGGCCCUGUCCGCUCUGCGAUGGCCGCUGCCACACCGUCUGGAAGCGAGACAUUACGAUGUCCCACGCGAGCGGCAAGGCCAGAUGGAUCGGUGAGUGUGGCCUGAGUUGCGGUCCCGCGCUCGAGGAGUCAUUGGUGCCGGCCCUCGAAAAGCUGAGGGCAACCUCGUGAGUGAGCCCGGAACCCACCCGCGACAACAUUGCCGCCGACGACCCCGGCUCAUCGAUCACUAGGGAGCAGCAGUCGUCGGCCACGUCGACAUUUGUCACGCCCGCGUCCGCGUCGCCGUCGUCGUAGAGGAUGACCAUCGGGAGGAGUACAGGUGCCAGCAGCAGCUAAACCGUGCACAAGACUUAAUAAUAUAUUAUAUCACAAUACGUUCAUACAUACAGGCCGUUCAGAUUAUGUUUUAUCAUCGUUGUCAUCAUUACACGUAUACUUAAUUAUAUAUUCAUAUAUUAUAAAUAUGUACUGGUAAAAUGCGUACGUUGUGCAUUAUCUUACGCAAAACUGCAUCUUCACCGUAUCGUGUAAAAUGUAUGUUUGGCGGGUUGUGCGAGUGAUUGUGUUUUCUCUCUCUCUCUCUCUCUCUCUCUCUUUCUUUUUCGUCGAAAGUUUGGCUGAGAAUUUUUUCUCUCGAAUAAAAGUAAUUACUGGCCAACAAGUUCAAAGAAAGAGGGAUUGUCGUGUGGUGCAAUUUUCAUUUUUCGUUCAAAUAAUUGGAAAAAAAAAAAACCUACAAGCACGCGCUCGUAUUGUAUAAUAAAGCAUAUCGUCACCCGCGGUCUUUUUUUUUUUUUUUUUUUUUUUUUUAUUCGAGAAAAACAACUGUACCGUCAUCGUUAUUACGUAUAUAUUGUUAAUGAUGUUUACCGCGUUAUCUUUACAAAGUAUCAAUAAAGAUAGAAAAAAAUCAAAAGCUGCGCGAGUUUGCUUCGUCCAUGGGGACAGUGAGGAGCUCGCAUUGUGUGAAAUAAUUGUAAAAAUCGAUCUUCGUACAAUUGUAUACCGUUGGCUGAAAUGUGUGGAAAAUAACUGCUAGAUUUUGUUUUGACGCCCGAAAAAGUGAGCUUUAAAUUACAUCUCAUAUUCGCCAUUCGAAACUUUUUUUUGCAGAUGCGUAUAGGAGUUGAACUUGCGUACCUUGAAGAAAAGAUUUUUAAAAAAGAGACCGCGUGACUGUACAAUUUCCUUGUAGUCAAUUCGGUUUGCGUCACAGCGUCAACACCCGUUCGAUGGUUGAUUGAUUUUUAAUUUUUUGUUAACUUCACUCCUCUACCUUCGUUUCUACUCUCCUUUCCCUUUCAUCUUUUGCGCAACUAAAUCGAAAAUACUCCUACGUCGCGUGCAACAGCGUUUUUGAAAAGAGAGGACACAGGAGCAAAACAAAAAAACUCUUGAGAAUUUCGUUCUUCAAACAGUCAAAAAAACCCAAGGGUUGUGCGGUUGCUGAUACUCUCGAUCAAUGAUAGUCAAUAAAGUUCACACGGAAGAUGAAAUUCGCAUGUCUCGAGAAACGGUUUUGUUUUUUAAAUUAUUAUUAUUAUUGUUAUUGUACUACAAUAGGUGUAGAUUCAAGAGAAAUUUUUUUUUUUUUUUUUUACACCUUCAGUUAGAAGGAAAUGGAAAACUGUCUGUUUUAAAUCGUGUCCACUGAAAAAAAAAAAAAAAAAAGAAAAAAAAAUCAAUAUUAAAAUCUAUAGUAGCGCGUUUUAGUAAUAAUAAGAAGUAAAUAAAUAAAAAUAAAGUAAGAGACUUACACUUCGAGCGAGAAUCGAUUUCAUCGACGCGGACGCUGCGGAGACGGGACUCGUUUGUAUGUUUUGUGAAUAUACAUUAUUAGGCUAAUUGAAACCGAUAAGACUAAUAUCUGCUGACACAGAGGUCUGUUUUCCCGAUAACACUGAUAUGCUGUUUCUGACUAUUUUUUAAUAAUAUUUUUUCGGCUGAUCCGUUGUACCUCAUCAUGUAAAUGUACUUCCUGGAAAUUUUUGUACGAAACAUACGUAUAUAUGUUUGAAAAAAAAAGGAUAUGUAAAGAGGCGAAACCAAUUGUAAAAUAGUGUACAAAGUACAAACACUUUUCUGUUUUUCCGAAACGCAUUGGUUACGAGAUUGUUGGACCUCUUGAGCAUCUAGAAAAAAAUUAAUAACGUAACAACCUAUAACGAAAUGUCGACUUAAGUGUUGUGUGUAGUUCAUCGAGCGAAAAAAAAAAAAAACAAACAAACAGAAUUAUUAAAGAAAUGACUUAAAAGGAAAGCAUUUAUGUCAUCGUGAAGCCUUCGUGCACAAUUCUCUGAUGGAAGAAAACCCGAGGUAUCAUGUACACAUGUAUCUUAUUGUAAUUUAUCCAUGUCAUUUUUUUUUUUUUUUUUUUUUUUUUUACGUAAAAAGAGCGUUUUUCUUUCGUACAUAUUAUUUACCUUAUAGAUUCAUAUAUGUAGUCGUUCAUCUCGUUCGUCAUUUUAGUUUUAAACAGAAUUUUAUUGUUGUAAAAAAAAAAAAAAAAGUUUCCUGAAGUAUUAACUCUUGAAGCGAAUUUUAAUUUGAUGCUAUGAAAAAUGUAUUUCUGAUUGUAAUUUUUACCAUUAAAUACAGUUGUAAGAUUUUAUUUAUAACCGAAUACUAUUGAAAAUUGGGCUCAAUAAAUCCUACUUGUCUAAAGUACA